CUGGAGAUGUGCACUAGGUUGACACGCUGCUAUACUUGUUUGAUUGUUUAUUUGUGACCGAGCGAAAUCUCGCAGCUUUAUUUAAAGUCCCCAUGUGUGUUAACUUGGCUACCUAACUGAGGCUUACUGCUGUUUAGAGCGGUUUCUACACCUGAAGGCUGAGCCUGUGUUUAGGGCGGUGUAACGCGGCGGCCAUUUGGGUGUGUUUAUCUAAAGGAGUCUGAGGGGAGGAUUCACUCUCUCCACUCUCCAGCUUCAGCUCUGCUGUACAGACAGGACUGGGGAAGCACACAGCGAUGGCUAGCGGGCGUGUCUGUGGUGGUUUCAUUGGGCUCCUUGCUCUGUUUGCAUAUAUUGAUGCGGCAAGCCAAACUGUAAACCAGGAGCUGUCUGACAUCUUCAACGAGCUUUGGAAGUUGGAUGUGAAUCGCUUUAAAGCCGGGACAGACUACAGGAUCUCACUGCAGGGCAAAGCUGGUUAUAUACCUAGUGGCAGCACUACGGCAACAGAUCAUGCCUCAUCUCCUCUCUUCUCCUAUGUGAAUGAGAACAAGCUGAAAUCCAUCACUACCUACGCCCGUUUCAUGAAGCUGUUGGACAACUACGAAAGGGCCACUGGUGUGGCUGAGAAAGUGACCUCUGAGGAAGUGACAGAGAAUAACGCUUUCCUGGAUGCCAUCUUGGAGACCGCAGUCAUGAAGCGUGCUCACCAGUACUUGGUGAAGAAAGGCAAAUCUCAGUCCAGUCUGAGACCGUUUAAGAGUCAGCUGUACUACAUGUGGUUCCGUCUUUACCACAGAGAAAGGAAAGGAGGUGAGGACUCCAGUGGAUUUGAACAUGUGUUUGUUGGUGAGACCAAAUUUGGGAAUGAAAUCAUGGGCCUCCACAACUGGGUCCAGUUUUAUCUUCAGGAGAAGCAGCAUCUGCUUGACUACAAGGGCUACAAAGCCAGACACAAUGACAUGCCAGAUGAGGAUGACCAUGUCUUGAAUGUGCAGUUCAGCUGGCAUGGUCUGGUCAAGCCUGUAGGCAGCACUUUCAUUGGUGUCAGUCCCGAGUUUGAGAUGGCCAUUUUUACCAUUCUGUUCCUCACAUCCACUGAGAAGACAACCAUUGCUGUGGUCAACAUGGCCGAGUAUCAGCUGGAGAUGGUUGUCCACAGACACGGACGCUCCAUCGGGACGUCCUAUCCCAAACUACUGAGCAGCAACAGCAGACACGUAUAGAGUUUAUUACAUCUGAUUGUCCUGCUUGCAGCGUACAUAGUAUUUUUGCGUUUACUGACGUUGUUAAAAAGUCGGGACAAGCAAGUGAAAGACGUGCUUUUUGUAGAAAUCCUUACUCAUGUAAUGUGUAGUUUGCUGGAUUUGGGGCAGUAGUAUAAAUUCACAUAAAGCUGAACUGCAUGUAUUCAGAAACCUUCUUCUGAAGAUUUUUUUUUUGCUUCUUUUAACUGUUUGAAACUAGUGCAUUAUCUCAUGCUUUUUAGAAUUUUAACUGAUGUGCACAGCUUAGUUAAUAAAGCUUUUUGGCUUCAUCUCUUCA